AGUUGCAACAGAUAUUAAAUACACUCAUCUCUCUCUCUCACUAAUUUCCAUUAUUUCUUUAUACUCACAUUCAAAGCUAAUUAAUUGCAUUUCAUCCUCCAAAUUCCAACCUAUAUUUCUCUCUCUAUCUUUGUAUCAUUCUCCUUUAAUGUAAAUUACCAUUUCUCAGCUCGAUCCGAUCCGAUCCCUUUUUCACAAACAGACAAAAAAAUGGAAGGGGCAUCAACCCGAGUAUACAGAGGAUUAAAGGGUUACUGGAGAAGAAGAGGUUAUCAGAAGUUGAAUCGGAACAACCGGGUCGACUUACCAACAGAAGGUUCGACCCGAAAACGAAAGUUCUGGAAGAUAAAGUUAACCCCCAAAUUGAAGCUGAAAAUCAAUUUUAAACGAUUCUCACUGAAGAAGCUUCUUAUUGGGCUGCGUGAUGCUUAUGUGAAUGCGAUGCUGAGGAUUGCGAAUACUCGGGGAUUCGGCGGCGAUUACGGCGGCGGAAUCGACGGAUUUGGGAUGCGGCGGGUUAAAGAGUACGAUGAGAAAGUGCUGGUGGAGAUCUAUAAGUCUAUGAUAAUUGCUCAGGGAAAAAUAGGUCCUCGUGAUGGUGCUGCUGCUACUGCCAAAAUUGGACCUGAGAUUAAUGUAAACGGUAAUUAAUUAAUUAAUCAUGAGAUUUAAUAGUAAUAAUUAACAUUCAGUAUUCAUCUUCUUCCUUUGAGGUUCUAUUACUUGAUUUUAAAAAAUGAUGGCGGAUCUUGCAGACCGGAAAAAAUGUGUUGUAAAUCGUAACGCUAUGUUGCUCCAAAUGAUUUUGUCAGCUCUUCGAUUAACUUGUACGCACCUCGAAUAAUUUUAGGAUGAAAUUUACAACCUGCCAUCAUAAACAUGUUUAUGUA